GUUUCAUAUAUUUACCUCGGACUUAUAGUGUAUAUUCACUUCCUGUUAUCCCCUAAACGUUGAGAAAAGGUUUUCUAACAAAAAGCAGUCAUGGGGAAGGGUUUCAAUAAUUAUAUGACCAAGAAAUUUUUCCAUCCAUCAAGCAAAGAAAAUAUCAAAAGGGUAUGGAUGGCUCAACAGAAAACAGAAUUUGAAAAGAAAAAACAGGAAGAAUUACUCAAUCAGUAUCAAAAAGAACAAGAAACAUAUUCAAACAGGGCUUUACUUGGUGAUGAAAAGGCAAAGCUUGGUUUAAGUUUUAUGUACGAUGCACCACCAGGGCUGAAGAAAAAAGAAGAUGAAAAAGACGUUGAAACAGAGGUUAAGUUUGAAUGGCAGAGAAAAUACAAUGCUCCAAGAGAACAAUAUGCCAAAAAUGAUGAUGAAAUACGUGACCAACCUUUUGGUAUUGAGGUUCGUAAUGUGCGCUGUAUCAAAUGUAGAAAAUGGGGCCAUGUUAAUACAGACAAAAUAUGUCCACUGUUUAACAGAGAUUUGACAGCAGAACCACCUCAACCAUCAACAAGUGCAGCAGCUUUAGUAGAAGGAAUGAAAGAGGAUGGAUUUAAAUUAAAGCAAAGCAUUCUGGGUAGAAUGGCUGAAGAUCCAUCAGCAGAACAUGAGAAAUUGUUAGAAAGUGGAGAUGAAGAUGACCCAGAGGUCAAGUUUCUGAAGUCACUCAGUGCUAAACAGAAGAAAAAGUUACUAAAGAAACUGAACAAAAUACAGGAAGGAAAAGUUAAGAGGUCAAAAAAAGAAAAAAAGCAAAAGAAGAAAAAGAAGCAUAGGUCUUCAUCAGAUUCUGAAGAUGAAAGCUCAAGAAGAAAAAAGAAAAAAAGAAACGAAGAAUCUGACAGUGAUAGUAGUGACGAAGAUUCAAAGAAAAGAAGAGACCGUUCUAGUUCAAACAUAGAUUUGAAGUCUAAAAGAAGAGAUAAAGGCAAAGGAAAGAUGAGAAGAUACAGCUCCAGUCCUGACAAAAGGUCAUCAAGAGAGAGACAAAGAAAUUCCAAGGACUACAAACAGAAGCAUUAUGAAAGUUCUAGUGACUCAGACUCCAGUAGUAACACAGGAAGUGAUUUUUAUGAGCAAAAGUAUAAUAAACAGUCACAUGAUUCCAGACAGAAAGAAAGAAGAAAUAGAUCACCUGAUAAUAGAACAGAUAAAAAAGAUAGAGUGAGAGAUUUUAAAUCAAGUAGAAUAUCUAAAGAGCAAUCAUAUCAGAGAAAUUCAAGGUCGGGUAGUAGGUCACCAUCCAAAAGUAAGUCUAGGAGAAAUAGAUCUAUGUCGAAUGAAAGAAGAGAACAAUCACAUCAUAGACAUACAAGGACAAAAAGUAGGUCCCCAGAAGAAAAAAAGUCGAGAAGAAAUAGAUCAAGUUCAAAUGAAAAAAGAAAGCAAUCACGUCGUAGAUAUACAAGAUCAAGGAGCAGGUCACCAAACGAAAAUAAAUCUAGGAGAAAAAGGUCAAGUUCAAAUGAAAAAAGAGAGCAAUCACAUCGUAGAUAUACAAGGUCAAGAAGCAGGUCACCAGAUGCAAAUAAAUCUAGGAGGGAUAGAUCUAGUUCAGAAGAGAGAAGGUCUUUUUCUAGAGAAAGAUAUGAGUCAAGAUCAAAGAACAGCAAUGUAGGUCAAAGAAGUAGGUCAAGAUCUCCAGAUCGUCAACAUUCAAGAUACAGCACGCAUGGUGGAAGGGCAUCAGUCAACACUCCACCAGUAAAAGGCUGGUUCUCAACUGCCGAAUUAACUCCAGGAGUCAAGGAUAAAAGAUCAAGAACUUCAGUAUGGAUAGUUGGGUCGUCUAUUGUUUACUGGGCUCACAAGAGGGCAUCUCAGCUGAGAGAUAUCAACCUGGGUGUAAAAACCUCAGAAGCCUGUGUAGAAUGGUAUGGCACACGAGGAAUGAGAUGGAAUGCACUGAUGCCAAAGUUGAUGGAACUUGUACAGUCAAAACCUCCCCCAGAUGUAUUAAUAUUAUAUGUUGGUUCAAAUGAUGUUGGCUAUGUCAAACCAAUGGACUUGGUCAAAAUGAUUAAGAAUGAUUUAUGUACCAUUAAAGAAAUGUGCCCUGAUACUCAGCUGAUUUACAAUGAAAUCCUGUCCAGAAUCAACUGGAGGGGUGCUCCAACUAAUGAGGAUGGUGAGCAACAGAGAUUGUCUAUAAAUAAAUAUGUCAAACCGGCAGUGGAAUCAAUGGGUGGAUUUAUGAUUCACCAUCCUGAUAUAAGAAAUGUAAAUCUCUCGCUGUACCGUGAUGAUGGGGUCCAUCUUAAUGAUCGUGGUUAUGACAUAUUUAAUGGUAAUAUUGCAGACACAGUAAGAGCAGCUCUGUUGAAAAAUAAACUUUAAAUCAUAUUAUUUAUUUAAAUGUUUUAUCUUGAAUUUGUGUAUUAUUAUUUUUACAAAUGUAUUUGAUGCAAUAAAAGGAAUAGAUGUAAAAUUAUAAUUUAUUGUCUUGCCUUUCGCUAAAUGUGAAUUUAUAAAGGAUCUGUUUCUAUUGUAGGCAGCAUCAAUAAAUGAUUAAAGUUG